UUUAGUUCCCGGCCUGCUGCAAAGGAACUCAAAUUUAACCUUUGGAAAGAGCAAAACAUGAACGAUAAAGAACUGUAAAAUAAGUAGAAUCAGUGUCUUGCCAGUGCUCCUUCGCGUAUUGGUCCAGAGUUUUGAUUUUAUAGAAAUAAAAGAGAAGCUCUAGGUAAAAUGGAUUAAUAAAACAGUAAAAAUCUACUUCUCAUGCAUCUAAUAUAAGGGAAACCCAGGUUUGUAUUCGCAUCAAUCAUUCAUCAGGAAGCGAUAGAGAAAGAAUCGGCUUUGAGUCCUUUCAUUUCUGAACUUCUUAAGGCAGAUAGGAUGCUGGCAAAACAAAAUAUACAAGGAUGACUUCUAGCGUUUGCCUGCACUCUGCUUCCAUUCCUCUUUUUAUGAGAAAGCUAUGCAUGUUCCUUCUUCUUUUCCGAGGGUUCUCUUAUCUCAUUCCAUUCUAUUGGCUCAAUAUGUAAACAACAAUAGCAAAAACAUAAAAAUCCACAGUUCCCCUGUUCACUUGAGCUCGCCGAUAGUACUUAAAUCAGUCAUACAAAAAAAUCUGGCAGAAAGGAGCGUUCAUGAACUUCUGGAUGCCUAUGGACAUAAUAUCCAACUAUUUCAUCCCACCUUGCAUAAAGCCCCGCUCCUACAAAUAGCAAAACUAAUAGUCCUAAAAUUGAAUCCUAAAAAUAGCAAAAUUGGAAACUGGGUUGGUUUUAACACUAUUGGCUUUGUCAUGCAUCAUUUAUGCUGUCACAUGGUGCCACUGAUAGCAUGAUGUACACGAUCCAACUGAAUAAGAUUCACAUUGCCAAUGUCAACCACCAGUUUUUUUCAUGGCCAGAUGAGCCGAAAGUAAGCGUCCAUUUAUUGUUAUUUUUUAUAUUCAUAUACUUAUUCUUCCUUGAAGUUGAGAAUUCAUUCUCCGUUAAUGUGGUAGACAAAGGAUUCCUAUGCUUUUUCUUCCUUGGAGUUGAGAAUUCCUUCUCCCUUAAUGCGGCAGACACAAAGGAUUCCCCACUCUCCUUUAUUGAGCCGAAGAAGGCACUGCCUAAUAUAUCACCACCAGAACCCAAGGAUCUCCUACGCAGAACGCGCUCAUGGCCACUCUAGGCUACAUGGAUUUACUGUGUCAUGUCAUCAUAUUGUUGGUUUACUAGUGGUAGUUAACUUUUUCGACCGAGCCCUUUUCCUGUUUGGACAUUUUAUAGUGUUGCGACCUGAAAUUUGAGACUGAUUUUUGGCAACCUGGAUGCAUUUUUGUCAUCAAUUUGGCCUUACGGAUGACCAUUUUUCCCUAUGUUCAAGCAAGCAUUUUUCAAGUCAAUUUACAUGUUAUCUAUUUUCUGGAAUACUGAGUGCAAUUGUAAGAUUGAAGAGAGCACAAUGAAACAGCUAAAAAGCAUGUCCUGGCACCAUGGACAUUUGAAGA